AUGAUGCUGUGCACCAGAAUCUUCAAUGUUAUUUUAAUGGAGUUGAUCGACUCAAAUGCAGUUGGGAGGUGAGACAAGAAGUCAGCAGUUCUAUCUUGUUCACACUCUUCUACAAAGACAAACCUGGAUCAGAAGAGGUGGAAUGCUCUGAAGUCCAUCAAGUACCCCUUUUAAGCAAUAAUGCCACUUAUUAUGUAUUGCAAAGUUGCGAGAUCAAUGUCACCAACCCCAACAAGCAAAGUCAAUAUUUUGUUCGUGUGGUACCGAAAGAAGAAGCAAAGGAGAUCGACAUGUAUCUGAACAUCAAGCCACACCCACCUUAUAACUUGUCCAUGUCAGUAUUUGAUGGUCCUAAGUACAUCCUCCGCUGGGACUCCAAAAAGAUCAAUAAUGACUUUGGUGUGAAAAAGAGAUAUGAGAUUUCAUACUGGGAAACUGGAAAACCUUUAAAGGCCCAAGUAAUGAACAGUGCAAACGAGGAAUUUACCUUCACUUCAAAUUUCCUGGAACUGGGCAAAAAUUACAUAGCAAAGGUGCGAACAAUAGUAAACGGUGAAGAUUACGAAGGUUAUUGGAGUGAAUGGAGUGAGGAAUUUCACUGGCAAACGACCAGUGGUUUUCCUCUCUGGGGUAUAUUGCUAAUAACAGUGGUCUGCAUCAUCCUGAUGAUGGGAGGAAUCUGCGUUUGCCAAAAAUAUAUUAUAAGCAAGAAAAAGAAAUGGGAAGCAAACAUUCCAAGUCCUCCAAAGACGUUUCUUCAUCCCAAUUUUUUUCUGAAAGUGCAAUUGGCAAGUCAUUCAGAAGACACCAAUGCUUUAGAAAAGGAAGAAAUCCACCAUUCCAGUACACUGGGCAA